GAAAUUAGAAUUUUUUUUUAAUGAUUUUAUUGUCAAUGUAAUCUUUGUUCUUAUGUUUCCAAAUCUGAAAAUGAUCAAAGAAGAGCUAAAGGACUGUUUUCAGACUAACAUCUUUCUUUCAUACACUCAGGUCAUGGAUUCUUGCCACAGAAACUUGUAUGGUAUUGUUUUACUAAGGCCUUUUCUUCUCAAGCAGGCUCAAACUCAGAAAAUGAAAUACAAGACUUCCCUGGUGAUGAGGAAGCGAUUACGGCUGUACAGAAACACUCUGAAAGAAUCAAGUAGCAGCUGUGGACACCAUGGGCCCCAGCUCGCCGCUGCUUCGAACCCCUCGGUGUUUCCGGGCCUUCAUGAGCAGCCUCCUCAGGCCUCCCACAGCCGUCCUUUGAACGGACUCCUGCGUCUGGGGAUCCCUGGAGACAUGUAUGCGAGGUCGGAACCUUUUGCACCAGGGCCUAUGGCCCGCGGCGACACUCUGGCAACAGCCACAGCUCUGCACGGUUAUGGCGGCAUGAACCUGACCAUGAACCUCACCGCACCCCACGGCCCUGGAGCCUUUUUCCGCUAUAUGCGCCAGCCCAUCAAACAGGAGCUCAUCUGCAAGUGGCUGGGGGAUGACAGCCCGAUAUCCCCGCGGCCCUGCUCCAAAACUUUCAGCACCAUGCACGAGCUGGUCACGCAUGUCACCGUGGAGCACGUCGGUGGCCCAGAGCAGGCUAACCACAUUUGCUUCUGGGAGGAGUGUCCGCGACAGGGCAAGCCCUUCAAAGCCAAAUACAAACUUGUAAAUCACAUCCGCGUGCACACGGGCGAGAAGCCCUUCCCUUGUCCUUUCCCGGGGUGUGGGAAGGUCUUUGCUAGAUCAGAAAAUCUCAAAAUACACAAACGAACACAUACAGGCGAGAAACCUUUCAGAUGUGAGUUCGAGGGCUGUGAGCGGCGUUUCGCCAACAGCAGCGACCGCAAGAAACAUUCGCACGUGCACACGAGCGACAAGCCUUAUAUGUGCAAGGUGCGCGGGUGUGACAAGUGCUACACGCACCCCAGCUCUCUGCGAAAGCACAUGAAAGUUCAUGGUCGCUCGCCGCCACCCAGCUCUGGCUACGACUCAGCUAUCCCGUCUGCUCUCACAUCGACCUCGUUAGAAAGCGGCCGUGAGCCCUCAGUGGCUUGCUCUGCGGCGGUGGUUGUGCGUGGCACAGAUGUGAGCGAAUGAUGUUGCUUGCAAGGUAAUCUUGCCCUGCGCAGCUGAGCGCCCGCAUCUUGCGCCUGCGACAUCAAAGGGCUCUCUCACAAAGCAGUGUUUCUUCGCCACGGUGCAUCUUCAUGGUAAGUUAGGAUUUCUAUGGCAAUGGGCAAGUCUCACUGAAAUCCUGAAAGGCCGAGCCUGGAGCCCGUCCAGGCUUUUCAUUAAGGACAUAAUAUUUACGUCUAACAGGCCUUUUUUCUUGUGUAUACAAGUAUAUAUUUUUGUUUGACGCGGACUAAAUCAUUUUCAUUUAAUUUCCGGUAAACAAAACCCACGCGAAUGGGCACUUGUUCCCGAUCAUAAUAAAAAUGGAUAAUAAUGCGAGGGAAGAAAAGGGCCGCUUGAAUCGCCGCUCAGCUCUCUUUGUUUCUGCUUUCUGCGGUGAUCAGAGGGCGUAUUUGGGUUUGAUGGCGAGUUUCUAAAGGCGAGGAAAUGGUUUGUAAGAGGGAAAAGAAAAGGAGAAAGGUCCAAUCAAGCUCGGGUUGUUCAAAGAGUCGCGUUUUGGGGUUGAAAGUGUGAGUUUGACGGUGCAUCAGCAUGCCGCGUUAGGCUCGCCAUGGAAAUGCGCGCGGGGAGCGGCCGCUUCAAAGGCGGCACACUUCACUGCGGACACUCUAUUAAGAUACAUUUGCGCUGACCUUUGCUUUCACGCCAUUUAAUACUGUCACUGUGCUCUCCAGUAUAUACUUCCUCCCAGGACCUGUCUUGCCAGUGUUUAGGGGUUCAACAUGCACCCUGAUGUAGCGGGCUUUGGCACCCGGGAUUCUUUCAAGAGAGGGAGGAGGAGCCGAACUCCGAACACCUUGACAGCGCCCAUAGGCUCCAGAGUCAGAGUAAAUGACUAGGGCAUCCCGAGAAGCUUACCAAAGGAGGAUCCUCAGCUCAGUUGUGGGGACUUAAGACAACGGUGGCCGACUUGGGGGAAGUAUGGGAACCGUUAACUACGGCUCAGGGACAGUUAGUGUCCCUGUGUUCCCCAGAGGUGCCAUACUUCUUCCUAACCCUAGAAGUCUCUCAGCCCCUUAAGCUUUUCCUCUGAUGUGCCACUGUGGUCUGGGCUGGCUUUGGGUACAAACUGAAAAGCCCAAGGCCAAGGGGAUGGGGGAAGAUGGCAGCAAAGUUAGAAGUCCAUGUUCUCUUAAUUGUCUUGUUGUUUAUUUUAUCCAAGUACCCUAGUGAAUAGGGGAAAAAUAAACACGGUGGAAAAAAAUCAAACAGUAGAGUCUUCUUUAGUGCCCGUCCUUGUGGUUGAAUAAAAAGGAUGGUCUGCCUUCUAUUGAGCUGAGAAAUCUUUGAAGUGGGAGUUAUUAUCUGAGACAUUCCUGCUUGUCGUCCUAACAACGCUGGUGAAAUGUAAAAGGUUCUUUGUCAGCGAUUUGUUCUCCUCUCUGUCAAACUCACUUUGCCCCAUUGGUUCCAAACCAUUGCUAAAGAGAUAAAAUCAAAUUUCUUAAAAAAAAGAAGAAAAGAAAAGAAAAGAAAGGAAGAAAGAAAGAAAGAAAGAAAGAAAGAAAGAAAGAAAGAAAGAAAGACCCCUACACUCCACCAGUAGAUAACUUUAGGAAUAAGUUUUGCUAAGGGGGAUGCCCCCCAUCCCCAUCCUCCCAAAAUACAAAAAAUACAAAAAAAAAAAAAAAAAAAAAGCCUACUGUGUAGUUUCAGUCCUGGUGAUGUGUGUAGAUGUUGGAAAACCCUUUGCAUCAAAACUGGUACAUCAGGUAAUGCAAGAAGGGUAGAGGCAGAGCCUAAGUGCCCCAAGUCCAUGCUCUGGAUGCUCCUGUGAGUGCUGUCAGUCCUGGCCUGUAUUCCAUCCACCCCGGUUUACAAACUGGACGAAUUUUGCUGGAGAUCACUCCAGCUCCAAAUAUUCCUGCUUGGGAUACUUGGAACUUAAGCCUGAAAACAGGUAAUGUUAAAGUUUUCCCCUUUUCACAGAAACUUCCGGUAUAAAUAGAUUCACUGUGUUUUCUCACCACUGGUGCAGUCAGCACUCCGUUUCUGCCUUCUGCCGUUUAACCUAAAGGAUGGUAGCACAAUUUCCCCCCUAGAUCAUCUUGGAGUUCAGAAGGUUUGGUUCACAAGAUAGUAACAAAAAAGAUUGCAUGCAUAUGCCACCUCCUCCCCUAUGUGCAGUUCUUCAUUUUAUAGUAUGCCUAGAAAGGAAACUUUGCCCCUGUUCAGGUUUUUUCCAACCUCCUAUUGUAGUUUUAAAGGUGAUUAAAAUAGAUAAGGAUGCGCCCUUCGCCCUGCUCCCUGUGCUUACUAAAUGAUUUGUGAAGAACUUUCCCCAAAUUGUAACCCCUGUACUCAGUUAGAGUUGCUGCAAAAUGUCUCUUAUAUCGAUGUUGUUUGUUUACCUGACUCUCCAUAUGUCUGUUUGUAUUGCUAAUUUAUGGGGACAUGUAAUGAUUGCAAUGAAAGUGAAUUAUCCAGUCAGGCGAAUCUCUUAUAGUCAUAACUGACACACACCCAAGUCUGAGUCAGCCCUUAGAUUAUUGGUACCUUGUCUAUCUACACUGUGAUUUUCAAAAUCUUUCCCCUGAACAGCAGUUAAAUUAUGAACUAAUUUGAAGGGAAAAAGUUGUUGUGUAUAUUUGACAGUGGUUGUUGAAUAAAGUUCAAAGCUGAGGCAUAAUCUCCUUGGAAACAUGUACCUGUAAGUUAAAUAAAAUAAGUUUUCUCCCUCUGAAAGACUUUGUGAAUGUGUAGCUUCUUUUUGCUGUGUUGUUUGGAAAUAAAGGAUUUGAUGUUUUCUUUUCUCCUC